AUGUUGUAAAAAAAAAGAAAAUCAAAUUUCGUACAAACUAAUGCAUGUUUUUCGUUUUUUCUUGUUUUUAGUUUUAAACAAAAGACAAUACCAGAAGAAAGGAGAGGUAGCUUCUGCACCUCUCCUCUCCUCUCCUCUCCUCUCCCCUUCUGCACAUCCAUCUCCCUCUUUCUCUGUCUCUUCCUUCAAGCAAUACAGAAACCCAAGGGGAGGCUCCACCUUUUUUUUAUCACGAUAACAUUUCCUGAACCCUGUCCUUCGAUCUGUACAAUCUGUAAAUCAAUAUGGGUCUAUGUUUAUCAAAGACGAGAGUUUCUAAUGGAGGCAAAACAACCACCACGACAACCACAACCACAACUAAUAAACAACACAAAGAGGACAACAAUACAAAAUCAUCAACAACGACAACAACAUCUCAUAAUAAUCAUAAGCAACAACAACAAAGGAAUUCAUCACAGCAGCAUAGCCAAAAGGCAAGAGGUGGUAGCACGAAGAGAUCAAGUGGGAUUGUUCCUUGUGGGAAAAGGACUGAUUUUGGUUAUGAUAAAGAUUUUGAAGAAAAGUAUUCUAUUGGUAAUUUAUUGGGUCAUGGCCAGUUUGGUUAUACUUUUGUUGCUACUGAUAAAUCUAAUGGAGAUCGUGUUGCUGUGAAAAGGAUUGACAAAAACAAGAUGAUUCUUCCAAUCGCUGUUGAGGAUGUUAAGCGAGAGGUCAAGAUAUUCCGAGCACUCACAGGUCAUGAGAAUGUAGUUCAAUUUCAUAACGCGUUUGAGGAUGAUUCUUAUGUCUACAUUGUAAUGGAAUUAUGUGAGGGUGGUGAAUUACUGGACCGUAUAUUAUCCCAGAAGGAUAGCCGAUACACUGAGAAAGACGCAGCAAUAAUAGUACGCCAGAUGCUUAAAGUUGCAGCUGAGUGCCAUUUACAUGGUUUGGUACAUCGCGACUUGAAACCCGAGAAUUUUCUUUUCAAGUCAUCCAAAGAAGAUUCACCACUUAAAGCCACAGAUUUUGGUCUGUCUGACUUCAUAAAGCCAGGAAAAAAGUUCCAGGACAUUGUUGGUAGUGCAUACUAUGUUGCUCCAGAAGUACUGAAACGUCAAUCUGGACCUGAAUCAGAUGUUUGGAGCAUUGGUGUUAUUACAUACAUUUUGCUAUGUGGCAGGCGUCCAUUCUGGGAUAAGACUGAGGAUGGCAUAUUCAAGGAGGUCCUUAAAGGAAAGCCUGACUUUGGAAGGAAACCAUGGCCAAGCAUAAGCCACAGUGCUAAAGAUUUUGUAAAGAAGUUAUUGGUGAAAGAUCCUCGUGCAAGAUUAACUGCAGCCCAAGCCUUAUCACAUCCAUGGGUUAGAGAAGGAGGAGAUGCAUCCGAGAUCCCUGUGGAUAUUUCUGUUCUAUCCAACAUGAGGCAGUUUGUGAAAUACAGCCGUUUUAAACAGUUCGCGCUUAGGGCUUUGGCAAGCACACUUGAUGAAGACGAGUUGGCCAAUCUCAAGGAUCAAUUUGAUGCAAUUGAUGUGGAUAAAAAUGGGUCCAUUAGUCUUGAGGAAAUGAAAGAGGCCCUUGCUAAAGAUCUUCCUUGGAAAAUGAAGGAGACGCGUGUUGUUGAAAUACUUCAAGCGAUAGACAGCAACACAGAUGGGCUUGUGGACUUCUCUGAAUUUGUUGCAGCAACUAUACAUGUGCAUCAGUUAGAGGAACAUGACUCUGAGAAGUGGCAGUUACGGUCUCAAGCCGCUUUUGAAAAAUUUGACGUGGAUAGAGACGGAUUCAUCACACCAGAGGAAUUACGGACGCACACUGGACUGAAGGGUUCUAUUGAUCCACUCUUGGAAGAGGCAGACAUCAACAAAGAUGGGAAGAUUAGUUUACCUGAAUUUCGGAGACUUUUAAGAACCGCCAGCAUUUCUUCAGUACGAGGAAGUAAUAACACACGAAAAUCAUCCAGUAUGAGGAAUUCUCGCAGACUAUAGCAUCCAGAUAUGGCAGAAGUAUAUAUGCUCAUGGUUUGAAGAUAGAUAGAGAGAUAGAGAGCUGAGACAGGGUGGGAGAGGUUAUCUGAUUUGUCCUCAAUGACCAACUGCUGUUACCAUAACUCCAAUGCUAAUUCAUAUGACUGAGCGUCAUUGGCGGGGAAUCAAGCUUCUUUGAAAGUGAUCCAUCUUGAGCAAUCAGGGAUGCGGCUGGUAAUGAGCUGACAUUUAGUUGUUGAUGGUUCGUACAAAUUUCCCUGUUGACUUUAUUACAACAGGAGAACCUCAUUCCCAUAAAAGAAACAUAAAUCCACCAUGAACUAGGUAUUAUAAGUGAGACAGAAUUUGAAGGAGUGUGGAGAUGGUUGUUGUGAAGCUUCUGUCAAUCUUUCUGCUGCAAAAUGUAAUCUGUGACAUAAAAUUACGAAUACAAAUACAAAGUUGGUGUCUUAUAAACAUAUAUUUAUCAUCUCAUAUAUAUGUUUGGCCUUAUUGUAUAAAUUGUUACUGCUAUUCUUUCUCUA